AUCAGAGUUGUCUUGUUUGCAUUUUGACUACUUGUGUUGUGGUUUUUGCAAACAUGAUCCCUUGUAUAAAGGUGUCAGUUUUUUGUGCCAGAUAAAAGGGUAAACACCUAUUACUAUAGCGUUACAUAAAGCAUAUGUUUGACCAUCUGCUCAAGCUCCAUCCGAUCCACUGCUCCCUCCACCUCCACCUCGCAUCGUCACGCUCCCAAGCUCUCUGUUCCUCGAGCCGUGACUUGAGCCAUAUCAAUGUUGGUGGCUUCCUCUUGCCCUCCUUUAACACUGCCUGUUUAUUGGGUGUGACACCAUUAUCUGAUGCCGUAUGUAUCCUCGUCAACAGGAGGAGAAAUGGCAAAUCAACACUAAAACCUCGUCGUGGCUAGCGCACUACACAGCAUUGGCUCUGAAAUAUAUCGCCAUGGUCAAGCAUGCAAUGCCCGUACAGAAUUCCGAGGUCGUUUGUGAUUACCGAGUUAAUUCUGAGUCUCUGAUGGAGGUUUCGGCACGUGACGCUUCAACUGCACGUGGUCGCAAACACUGUAAAAGACGUUUUACCGGUUAGGUGAGGCAGUGGGAGUUAUGCUUCGGAAUUUCCUGCAGUUUUUCUUUGCGGUCAGUGUACUUAUCGUGCCAUUUAUUUAUAUAUUUCAAAGGUGUCUCUUUGUAACCUAUGGCAACUUCCGUAUAACUGAAGUUUACAGCACGGAUAGGUUUUUUUGUGUGUGUAAAUGUUCCAAACGUUCAACGCGUGCUAUCCUGACAACCGGCUUGCUCGAGCAAGUAAAUGAUGAGUUACUGAAGUCUCAAUAUGAUCCUGCGUCCUUUAUGUACGAACCCAUAUAAUUUGAGUUUUGCGGGUUUUAACGGCGGCUAGUUUUGUUUAACUGGAAUCGGCGGCAAGCCGUGCUCGACUUAAGUAACGUCUCGACUGUGCGCACCGCGACUCAAUGAAGUUUGUGUUUAAAUCGAUGGAAAGGGGGGAUCGUUAGCAGCAGACCACGAUUUCCCACCUGAUGACGGACGCUUGUGUUGCGCCCGAAACGUGAUUUAUUUUAUUUUAUACCUACGUGACUUUACCGAAAGAACCAAAGAGUAGGGGAGGGGAGGGGGGGCGGAUCGUCGUUAAGUAACCCACGAAAGUUCGGAGAACAGUAACGUUUGGAAAUAAUACGUUUUACCCUUUCCGGCAAUGAAACAAGUGGCAGAAAGGUUAAACCUAUUCUUGUUUCCCCAUAUACUGUAUUGGUACUGCAAAGAAAAAAGUUCCAUUUGGUAACGAUGUUGAUGCACAUUGGGUUAUGAAAGUCACUCGCGUUCCAACACGUUAUUUUUUUAAUAUCAACAGCGGUGGGCACGCUCGUCUUAUAAGCAUGCGUGUCAGCAGUCGGUCAUCAGCAUUUGGGCAGGGGUAGAGUCGUCAGCACGGACGGACUAAAUUCACUUAAAGAAAAGCACGUGCUAAUAAUACCGAUGCUCUAAACGGACGUUAGGGGCAGUGGGCCCUCUCCAUUGGCGACUUGAGUGAGCAACGAGCGGGGGCAUUCAACAUUCACACGGCGGGGACAGGUCCAGCCACUCCACCUACGAAGCAGGCGAUGCUGCUGCUGCUGCUGCACCAGUAGAUGAUUCUCAUGUCAUCAGCCCAGGCGAUGAUGAUGAUGAUGGUUAACGGGCCGAUACUCAAAAUGUCACGACCGGCAAUGAAGCUACUGUGGACCCGCGGCACACCCGAUUUCAAUUUACAGACCACGGCUAACGUCAGUGGCGUUAGCCGUGGUCCUGCCCAAACCCCCUUCUCCAAGCCGGCGCAGACCACCAACAUGAUGAACAAAUAUACAAAUGUGUCGUAAAACCCGGCUUGUCGCGUAAACGGCACGUGCCAAUUUGUUACGAGUACAGCACCACCGGUGUGUUGGAGAGCCAAGCCACAACAUUUACAAUCUUGAGUACGACGUUUCGCCAGUAAUUACAACGAGCUUCAUCAGGCGACAGCCAGAUUUGUGGAGAAGCCCACCUGUUUCGUUUAUUUUUUAGAGGCGUAGAUGUGGUGACCACGCUUCUGCGUUCUUGCACAAUGGUGGGAGAGGAAUUACUGAGUCUGCGUACAUGAUGCAUUUGCAUUAUGCGAGCCCUUUGAACUUGUCCUUCCUGUCUAUUGUGUUUAUUAAAAGGCCCUAACCAACUGUAGACCCUAUUGAAGUACGCUGCACCAUUGUAGGUAUGCGAGUAGCAUGGUCGGGCUACGUACGGUGCGAAUGAAGUUCAACAUAGAGCGGUCCUGCGCGACCUGGUUAAGACAAAAGUUGCGUCGUUAUUAAUCAUCGACGAUGCUACGUCCUCUUCUAAUUUUUUUUUUUAAACACAAAGCCGCGGUCAUCUCUCACGGCCAUGCUGUACAACGACCCAUCUGGCUCCUGCACAACAAGCUCAUCUAUACUGCUCCGUCUCAUCCGCGGUGGUCGUCCUCUGGGGGUGUUCCCUCCUUUGACCGAUACUCCGUCGUUAGUCUCCAUCACCCGGGCCGUCGACCCUUCCUCAACGAGCAACUUGUUCCUGCCCACAACCCACGGGUUUGCUGUAAUAGUCCUAGUUGAUGCCCUGUUUUUGUUUUUUUCUUGGGGGGUUCGGCCACGUGGUCACGGCUUGUGUGUUCUCUGAUCCUGUGAGUUCCCCGUUUUGUCUCUCGAUUAUAACUUCAAACAUCUUUUCACUCUCUCUCUCUUCUCUCGCUCUCUCCAUGCGUCCAUCAUUCGCUCUGCCGAGAAGGAAACGCGCCUUUAAACUCCGUGUGACAUCGUUGGUGGGGGUGUGGGGAAGAGGGCGGUCCGGUCAAUGCGAGAGCUCUGUGUUGCUAUGAGAUGAACUUCACAUAAAGUCUGCCUGCGUCUGCCAUCCGCGGGGAAACACUGCUGCUGCUUGCUUAGACUAUCGUGUCGGAGAAGGCGACAAUCAUCGUGCCCGUUGCAAUCGCUCGGGUAGAGGACUCACAGGCUGGAGCUGCAGCUCAGAACUCAGGGGGACGCGAUGUCUAAGCGCAAUAAGCAUGCACUGAACAAUGAGGAACAGAUCGAGCUGCUGGAGGCCGUAAAGAUGGGGAAGCUGACGGUGGAGGAAGCCGUGCGGAUGGCCAACAGCCUGGCGCAGGGCAGCAAGGCAACUGACAUGGUGGGAGAAAGCGACGUGUACAACUUCAAUGUUUACAAAUACAACAAGUUCCGGCAGAGGCAGAAAAGGAUCUUACAGGUGGACUUCUCCGAGAAGGUCUUGUGCAACAUCUCGAAGGGCGCUGUGCACAAGCGCUUCCCGUUCGCCGAGCUGGGGUCGUGCGAAGGCCAGGAAGGGCUGCGCCUCACGCUGUACUUCACGCAGCACCACGAGUACGAGCUCGAGGUCACCUCCGACUUCGACAAGACCCAGAUCCUGCGACUCGCCCACCUCAUCCUGAACCAGAACAAGGCCCUCUGCCAGGAGCAAGAGGUGACUUUGCCCGGUGCUCAACCCCCAACGAGUGUGAGGGUGGUCAAGGAGGGAGAGGCCCUGCUGAGAAAGGGAGGUUUGGCUUCGGUAAAGUGGGUGAGGGUGUGGCUGGAGCUGUCUCGGUCAGACCUGAGCUUCUACCCGAGCGAAAGGCGGCAGGGGAACCUGGGGAAGCUCGCCGCCUUGACGGGAGAAGCCCGCCCGGAGGUCUGCGUGGCUCCGUGCAUUGUGCACCUGUCCACGCCGGGGGUGGAGGCCUACGCGGACAGCCUGGCCGACUCCUUCUGCGUGUCCACCAACAAGAACCUCUACACAUUUCGCCUGGCUCUGAACAGCGCGCACCGCGAUGACUUUGCCGAGGAGCGUGACCACUGGGUGCGCGAAAUCGAGUCCGUGUGCCGGGGCUACAAACGGAUGUCUCACACCCCGACAAACGCCUCCGCCCCCGUCCGCGACGACGCCGCCGCCGCCGCCGCCGCCGCCACCGGCAGCACGGUCGCACCCCCAGCGGCACCGCCCGCAGAGGAAGGUCCCGGAGCUCCGGCGCCCGCCGAUCCCGACUGCGGCGACGAAGACGGCGGCUUGAGCAUCCCGGCGGCGGCGGCCGGGAACGCGGCUCCCGGGGGGAGCUCGGCGAACGGCGCGCCAGGCUGGGCUGCUCCCGAAGCGCCGAGCUCGGACGACGAGCCGCUGUCCGGCACGCCCGCGGCGUACCGGAGCGACCGGGCUCCAGGCGUCGAGCCGCCGUACGUUCGGAGCCACGGGGACGGCGAUGUCGGCGGGGACGAUGUCGGCGGGGACGAUGUCGGCGGGGACGGCGAUGUCGGCGGGGGCGGCGCGUGGAGCCAGACCCCGGACGAGCCGGACAUGCCGCUCUUCUCCUGCUUGAAGCCAAGCGAGCCCCGGGACGUGCCCGCCGUCGUGCCGUCGCGCGCCGCGCCCGGGCUGCCCCCGGUCGCGCCGCCGCCUCCGGUGUUCUACACGAAGCUGCGGGCCGAUGAGGUGGUGCGGACCAAGGCCCUGCACUGGGACCCCGUGCAGUCCGACAGGAUCGCUAAGUCCAUGUGGGCUCAGAUGCGCGGGGACGUUGGUGCGCUGGACCUGGUCCGCCUUCGGGAUACCUUCCGUCUGGAGACGUUGCAGGGGUCCAUCAUCCCCACAUCCCAGCCAACGGCACAGAUCUUGCUGAACUCCAAGGUGGCGCAGAACUUCUGUAUUUUUCUGCGCGGGUUCCGAGUUCAGCCGGCGCAGCUCCACGAGCAGCUGCUCGUCCUUCGCGGGGACUUGGAGACGGGAAUCACGGACGAGCAAAUCGCCGAGCUGCGGCGAUUCGUGCCGACGGCGGAAGACGUGGAGAUGUACAAGCCGCACGUGAAGCGACGAGCGGUCCUGCACCAGGUGGACCAGUACAUGCUGGAGAUGUGCAGCAUCCCCUUCCUUGGCGAGAGACUGGAGCUGCUGAUGACCGUUCGUGAGUUCCCGGGACAGAUCAGCGAGCUGAAGCCGCUCAUCGCGCACCAGCUCUCGCGCUGCUCCCAGCUGGCGGCGAGCAAGAAGUUCCCUUGCGUGCUCGAGUACGUGCUGCUCGUGGGCAACCGCCUCAACGAGACAGCCGGACGGAGCCCCAUCAAGGGCUUCUGCCUUUCGACGCUGCCCAAGCUGAUGGAAACCAAAGGCCAGAACAGGAAGUACACUUUGCUGUGCUUCCUGGUGGAGCAGAUUAAGAUUCAUCGCCCAGACCUCCUGGACUUUGCCCAGGAGCUCCAGAGCCUCAAGUCUGGCUCGACCGCGUCCAUUAAGGGGCUCACGGCAGAGAUGGACGUGCUAAAGCAAUCGCUGGUCAAGCUCGCACAGUACCACAGCAACCUCAAGAAGUCACUCAAGAGCGAGUCUGAGACCAAGUUCUUGGUGGAGCUCAAGGUAAUGAUCAACAAGUUCAAGGGAGAACUCAACGACCUGACGACGCAGAUCAGUGACUUGCGCAGAUCGUACAUGGCCCUCAUGGUUAGGUUUGGAGAAGCGACUGAGCGGGACUCUGAGCAGUUCUUCGGUUGGACAACGGAAUUCAUGGAUGCAUUUACCGCUGCACUCAGGAACGGAGAGUCUGCGGAGAAAGGGCGACUUUUUCCCUUCUAACCCGGCACAGGGGCCAUCUGGAGUGCUGAGCCGACUUCCAACAGUCGUUUGCAUGAAGCAGCCACGAGCGAUCAUAGAGAAGGAUAUUUUUGAGCAUCUUUUGCCAACUUGUAUUUAAUAUUGUUUGGAUAAUAAUUUUAAUUGCACACUGAAGUCUAUUCAAGUAGCAUUUCAAAUGCACUUAUUGGACGGAACAAAUUAUAGCUUGUAAAUGGAUGCAAAAGAAAUUAACCUCAGAUUAAAGUGAAUUUGAUUGAAGUGAGUUGGUCAGUGAAAAACAGGCCAUGAAAUCAUUUCUCUAAUAGAGGUGUUUGGGUUAGAUCGCGUAAAUAUAAAUGUGUCGUUAAACCCGCCACCACCUGACACAACCAAUUAUUAAGAUUUGUCACGUUAAACAAAACAUGCCAAUUCGUUACUUGUACAGCACACCGGAUGUGUGUUGGAGAGUAAACCCAUUUAAAAGAUGUGAAAUAAUAAUCUCCCUUGCUUUUUUGCUGCACCCUGUUGCAGCAGUAUGAAGACUCUUAGCAGUGUCUUUACACGUGCUUCUUACUCGAGAUCACGCCAAAUUGUAUGCAUUUACUUAUUGCAGAGGGUUUAACGCUAAAUCCACAUCGCUUACAUUUCACUUAAUUUAUAUCCUUCGCAAAUGCGCGGACAGUGCUGGUUCAUAUGAAAAAUAAAACAAAUUGUACGUUGGGUCGCAAGAUGCGCUUAUUAAAGAAAUUGUGGCCUAAAUGACGUGGGGCACUCUUUGGAGCUCUUUGUCAUUAGGCAUUGUAAUGUGACCUGUAACAUGAUGAGUAAUGCAACAGCGAUUUCCUGCUCAAUUGGGAAUUGAACAUUGAGGCGGUGGUCAUCUCCUUUUAAACAGCCUUGAUCCAGUGGUGGGAAUUCCACGAUACCUAUGGCAAGGUAGAGUUAUUCCAGAGGACAACCACCAUGGACCUCCCACAAAGUGGUACCACUUUAUGGCACCAAAUGGGAUAAUAGGCUGAGUGAGCCCCCAAUCAGAAUAUGAAGUCAGAACCUCCUGAUUGCGAGCAGCUCGCUCUACUACUGAGCGACAGUCGUUAAACUACCAGGUAAGGCCCACUGAGCUAUAUAGGUCUUUUUCAGAAGCGACCUGGCCAAAAUAAUAGCUCAAUCAAGUGGCUUAUCACGUGGACAUUUAUAGCAGCCAAAUACUCUAAACGCAUGAU